CAGUACAAGCUACGCACAUCGAAACCGGGCUCGCUAUCGGUUUCCUGUAUCGCAUCUCUAGCUUUGACGCCGUAUCGCUGUACUUGCGUCUCAUCGCUUCGAUCGCAUCUUGCCGCGCAUAACUUUAUUUGUCCGAGCGCCGAUCAGUUCGUACGACGAAAGUUUUCGCUUUUUUAAUUUCAAAGUUCGGGAAAAUUGUAUAAAAGUUCUUGAUCCCCGUGUUAUAUCAGCUCCAUAUAUCAUCUAACCAAUUAGUGCUACGAUGCCUCGCGCUCCCAAAUCUGCUCCUCUGUCUCCCAAAAAAAUGAAGUGGCUUGUCGCUACUCGCAUCGACCGGGAGGAUGAGUUUCGACGUUGUACAAGUAAAGCGAAAUUUUGGUCAAAGGUGUUCCAGGAGAUGCAGUUGGUUUUUAAAGAUGCCCUGGGAAACCGCACCAGCGAGAACCUGAAGAUCUCUUACGAAAAUGCGUGGAAGAAAUAUAAGGCAGAGAAAAAACGAAAAAAUGGCACCGGGGAAAGCGGUGAAGUGAAAUAUCAUUUAUUUGAACUCUUCGAUAAGACGUACGGCGAUCGGGAUGAUAUUGCUUUUGCAACUAAUUCGGUGGCUCUGGGAGCGGGAUCCACGAGCAACGUUUUGGAAGACAUCGGUGCCGAGGAAUGUGAUAUUAAUUUGAGCGACGAUGAUAUGCAACCGGAUACUCCUGCGGGAUCUCCAAUUGGAAGCGCGGAAAAGCCAAAGAAAGCAAAGAAGAGCGAAAAACGCAGCGCCGCCAGUGAGACGGUUAAACUCAUGACGCGUUCCGUUGCUAUCAUGGAUGAUAUGCGAACUUCGCUAACCGAAAUGGUAAAGCUGGAAAAAAUGAAGGUUGAGCUGGCAAAAUUGAAGUUCGAGCGGCAGUACAACGUGGAAGUCGACUUCGGAGACGAUGAAGUUCCGCAGGCUUUAGGAGAAGAGUAGUAAAGCGGAACUGAAUUUGACUAGUAAAGCGGAACCGAAAUUUGACUUGAGAUUAUUAUGAUAAAACGGUGUCGUAAAAACUCUGGUGUUAUGAAUUUUUGUUGUUUUUUCUGGGUAUAUAAACACUCGUACAUUAAGCGUUGUGUAGUUUAGCAAUAGAAGUAUAAUAGA